UCUCCCUAACAACCACCACCACCGUGAGCAUCUCCACCAUGGCGUUGCCGCUCCCCACCUUCCCUCGCCCUUCUGAGGACACCCAUAGAUGCGCCUCGACCUCCUCUUCAACCUGGUGCAAGCAAUCAAGCCGGGGUGCGCUAUUUCGCCGCCGAUGACCUUCUCCCCCCGCCACGGCCACCGGCGAAAAACUUCAAUUCCGGCUGCUCCCUUCCUUCCCCGGCCUAACCGAGCUCACCUGCGUGUUUCUGGUGCUCUCCGCCGGCUGCUCUCCGGCGCCCCCUGUGCCCGUAGCCACCCUCUCCUGGUCCGCGCCGACGAGGCGCACCUCCUGCAACCACGCCCGCUUCCUGGAGCGGCCCGCGUCGCCCGCGCGCGUCCACGCCGUGCCGCAGGUGGUCACUGCGCGCCCCCGUCGAACACCUCCCGUGCAGUGCAGCCAAGGUUCGCCAGCGUGGCGCUGACGUGGAUCUGGGACCCACCCGUCAGCCACUCGGGCUAAGACCC